AUGGCUGACAUUGAUACCCUGAUCCUUGAAGAUGUCAGGCAUGCUCAAGGGAAUCACCCUUUAAGUCAAAUAUUUCUUGAAUAUUAUCACCAACUUUCAGGAAAGCGACCACGCGUUCUGGGAUUUCUUGUGAAAGCGGAUAUGGAUGGCCUCAAAUUGCUCGACGUCGAAAGUGCUACUAAUUCUUUGAUUCUUGGACUCUCGGACGGUGCGCGUUCUCAUCUACAGUCCCAUGUCGUGAAGCCGGAAGAGAUUGUCACAUUCUAUGAACCUUCCACAUACAAGCGCGAGACUUCCUUAUGUUCUAUCCUAAGGGGCAUAGAUACCAAUAGAAAGCUGCUGAAGAAGCUAUUUGCUGGUGCCUCAUCAGCUCUUAGAGAUGUUGGUCCAUGCGCAGCCGAUCUUGUUUGGAGGCGACAUUUGUUGGCGGAGUCUCAACUGCCCUUGGCCGAGCCGGAACCGACAGGAGAUGAGGCUGCGGACGAGGCUGCAAUGGAGAUUUUCCGGAUUAAGAGCAAAGUUCGCCAGCAGUUGAAAAAUUGGACAUUUACUAUUCCGAAUAUCAGCCCGUCUGCUAAGGCAUUCAACGUAACGCCAAAGUUUGCAAAACUAGUGCAAAUACUCCAAUGUUUCGCACAUCAAGGUGACAAUUUUCGAGGGAUCAUAUUUGUCCACAAGCGAUCGACGGCAGCGGCGAUCGCAGAUAUGCUUCGAAUGCUUGGUGACGAGUUGCCGCAAAUCCGUCCCCAAGCCCUCACAAGUCACGAUGUUGGAGCGCGACCAGACAUUGUGGAAGAAUUCAAGUCGGGAAAGAUCAAUCUUCUGGUUACUACUCAGUUUGGUGAGGAUGGUCUCGACCUGCCUCCUUGCAGCUGUGUGGUCCGCUUCGAUCUCUUCCCCAAUCACAUAUCUUACGCGCAUUCUCGAGCCCGCGCCAAUCAACAAUCCGGUAUCUAUGUUCUCAUGGUAGAGCAAGGGAAUGAUGUGCAUCGUCGCAUCAUUCACGGAAUUGCUCGUCUGGAUCCCCUCACCCAGCAGUGGGUGAAUUCUGUAGCAACACUCCCAGGUGGAACAACACCGCCUUCUUCAUUGCUAGAGAGGGCUCAUGCAGAUAGAGUGGAGAGUGACGAUGAGGAUCCGGUGGAAGAUUAUAUUCUUGACCCGACUACGGGUGGUCGGGUAUACAUCAAGGAUUCCUCUGGUGUCAUAUACAAAUUUAUCGCUAGCCACAAGGACGGGAGACCGCCUAGUCAUCCAGUGUUUGAAUACGAGAUCGCUAUGGAAGGUGGUCAAAUCCGAUGCACAGUGAACCUACCUCCAAAUACUCCCCUGCCCAGAAUUACCGGCCCACUCUCGUCAACGAAAGGAGAAGCUCGUCGUCUCGCUUGUUUUGAUGCAUGUGCACAACUAGCACAUUUGGGUUAUCUUGAUCACCGCUUCUUCCCUCGCCCUCCUACGGUCCGCUCAUUCUUGCCUGCUACGUAUGCAAACUUCGAUGUGGAGCCUGAUUACGAGGGUCGUGGUAGCAAAUCAUCCAAAGUCGGGGUGCCUCUCCCUGACAUGAUGACCGAUGCUACAGGCCAAACGAUCAUCGGGAAGAGUAUGGGGACGCGCUGUUACGUUCGCAAAAGGCCUAUUUUCUGGAAAAACAGCCUUGCUUCGGGUACAAUUGAUCGCAUGUUUCCAGCAAUCGUUAUCCCCGAGCUCCCGAAUGAAAUGUCAGAGCAAUAUCGGACAAUGUGCAUUCUUGCUCGCCACCCACUCCCACCACUUGUCCCAUUUUCCCUCUUUGUUUCUGGAGCCUCUUUUCCGGUUCGCUUACUUCGCUGUGCACCAUUCAACACUACUGAACAAAGCAUGGAUGAAAUGUUCAGAUCCAUGGCAGGCAGAGCUUUUGAAUGUGACAUUGAGCGUGCCCCUUACUUCUUUGUGCCGAUGCGAAAGUCAUGGCCAAUCCCAACUGUUGGCUCGGAAGCUAAGUUUUGGAGGCCUCAGGUAAUCGAUGGAAUCGAUUGGGAAUGCGUUGCGGCUGGAGCGAGCCGGUGGUCAGUGCCUUUAAGAACGUCAUCCCCGACAGCAUUAGAGGAAGACUUGGUAGAUGCAGUCAUACAGGAUCGUUGGCUCGAAUUCACCCGACGAUUUGAAGUCGUGCGUUUACGUCGUGACUUGACUCCAUAUUCCAAACCUCACGACACCAAACGUGAAUCAAAAUUCGAGACGAUUCUCGCCGCUUGCACUGACAAGCGCCUGGAUUUCGAGGGCCUUCGAAACGAGAAUCAGCCGAUCAUCGAGGCGAUUAAUACUCCUCCUUUUGCGAAUCACCUUAAUCCUGCACAAAAUCAACCAAACACGGCAACCCAGUCAAUCUACCUUAUUCCCGAGUUGUGCGCGAAAUUCACAAUACCUGCUUCGGUUUUUCGCACUGCUCUACUGCUGCCGGCAAUGCUGGAGGCACUUACCACCCCAUCGGCCAACGCAGAGUACGACUAUGAGCGUUUGGAACUAUUGGGCGAUGCAUUUCUGAAAUACGUUGCAUCCAUAUAUCUCUUCGUUACGUAUCCUACUCAGCAAGAAGGUGCAAUGCAUGUGGCACGACAAAGAAUCAUCAGCAACCGCGUACUGCUCCAAUGUGCGAGGGAGGCUGAUGUUCCGCAGUUCGUUCAGUCGAAGCCGCUCAAAUCACGCUCCUGGUUGCCUUACAAUUAUAAGGUCUCAAAAUUUGUGCCACCAACUGACGCUCCCGCCAUCAACAAGGGGGAUGAUGACGUUGAAAUGAAGGAACUGGAGAAUGAUCCGUACGAAACAAAUGAUAUGGAAAUCGAUAUGCUCGAUGAAACAGAACAACCUAACGUCGACACGACGAUGGGUUCCGUUGACGAUCUAGCUGCACCAACUGCUGACAGUCGGCCAGAUCUGAAUGCAUCAACCGAAGCACACAACACUGCGUCCGCUUCCAAGAAACCCCGCAAGCGCUGGGAAGAUCCUCGCGUGCAAUGGCUCGGUGAUAAGGGCGUGGCAGAUGUUGUUGAAUCCUUGAUUGGAGCUGCCUGCCAAAGUGGAGGGGUCGAGGUCGCUCUUAAAGUGGCAAAGGAUAUUGGUUGUUACCUGCCACGCGUGGACCGCUGGUCGGAUUUUGGUCGUAAAGUGUUGGCACCAGCCCCCGAUACCACAAUCGAAUUACCGGCGAACACAAUAGAGCGGAUUGAGUCUUUAGUCGGAGCGAAAUACAGGCACCCACAUAUCCUUGCCCAGGCUCUCACCCACACGUCGAUCCUUGGUAAUGAGCUGCCCUGUUAUGAGCGUCUCGAGUUCCUUGGUGAUGCGGUCUUAGACCAUUUGGUUAUUGGACACAUUUUUGAUCUGCACAGGAAAUUGUCCCCAGGUGCGCUGACACUUCUUAAGGGUGCUAUGGUAAAUAAUAUUGCACUGGGCGCGCUUUGUGUGGAUUGCGGACUGGACGAGUUUAUUGUGCAUGAUUCGCCUAGUUUGCAAAAGUCCAUCGAUGAAUAUAAGGCCGAAGUCAAGAAGGCCCAACAACUCGAAUACAACCUGGCAAGCGCAGAAGGAAGAAUGCCUGGCCAAUACUGGGUAGAUUUGGAACCCCCCAAGGUCCUUGGCGAUAUCGUCGAAUCAUUGCUCGGAGCCCUCCUGGUCUGUGAGAACUUCAUUGCAAGUGGCGCCGGGAAGAUGUAUCAGCGGCUACUUAAACCCUUUUACGACAAACACAUCACUCUUCGAACCCUUUCGCAUCACCCUACGAAGCUACUUUUUGAGCUGUUUCAAACCCAAGGCUGCCAAAAUUUUGAGAUAAUUCGCGAGAAUGACGUCCCAGCAGCAAAGGACGGUGGUCCAAACUCGGGCUGCAGUGGUCAACCUUUGCCCCCAGUUGUUUUCCACGAUAUCAUCCUCGCUAGUGCAGUUGACUCCACCGUUCAACUGGCAUCCAGAAGGGCAUCAUUCUUGGCACUUGAUGCUCUAGAAGGGGAUCCCGAAUUUCUAGCACGGACCUGUGACUGUCGAUCAGCUCAGGGAACAAGUAAGUCCAAACGUGUCCCUGAGCAGAAAGGUGGAAGCAUCGCAAAUUCGGAUAAUACCCGGCCUGCCAAAUCAUGA